GAAGCAACUUGCUGCCUGCAGGCAUAGUGUGUUAAUGUGUAUCAACGCUGUUAACAAAACAACCACAGAGGACAUCAAGCAGGGUGGAUCAGGAUGAGGACCAUCUUCAUGCUUCUGCUGGCUUUAGUCAUACCUACAGCGGCCUCUCGGAGAGGACACAACAUCCAGCUUGCCAAGCAGGAGAUUUUGCUACGUUCCAAAAGAAGGUGGGUUUUGACGACAAUUGAAUUAGUUGAGGAAGACCCAGGGCCUUACCCCAAACACAUAUCUCAGAUUUUUAAUGUUAAGACAUAUCAACACAAUAAUCACAAUUACGUAAUGAGAGGAAUGGGCGUGGAUGAGGAGCCACUGGGCGUCUUCUCUCUUGACAAACGAAGCGGAAAGCUCUAUGCCCAUAAAGCCAUCGACAGAGAGAAGCACAGCUUCUUCCACGUGAGCUCAAAUUGCAUCAGAAAUGUACUUAACUAUCGUCUUACAAGCACCACAAUUAUUUAUCCACAGAUCAAGUUUGACAUUUUGGACGUACAAACGGGCAGAGCAAUAGACAAAGAAUUAGCAUUUGAUGUAGACAUAAAAGACAUCAAUGACAAUGCACCAAAAUUUCUCCAUCCACAAGUGAGCGUUGAUGUCAUGGAGAACACAGUGGAGGGCUACUUACCAGUUAGGAUAGAGGUCACUGACCCUGAUCAACAGAACACCCCAAACUCGACAGUUACCCUGAGUGUGAUAUCCCAGUCCCCACAAGUUCCUGAAUUUGACAUACACCAGAUUGAUUCCCGAAUGGGUCAGCUUACUUUUAAAGGGUGUUUUGACUACAAUAAAGUUAAGAAGUAUGAAAUAAUUCUUCAAGCGAAAGAUCAUGGAAAACCCUCCCUUUCAUCCACGGCUGUUGUUACUCUCAAUAUUAUUGACACCAACAGUCAUCCACCAAUGUUCAAAGCGAGGACGUAUCAUGGUGAAAUUCCAGAAAUGGUCACAAGGGAAAAUGUUUUAAGACUUGUAGUAGAGGACAAAGAUACUCCAAAAACCCCUGGCUGGCGAGCCAAAUACUUCAUCAUCAAAGGAAAUGAAGAAAACAACUACAAAAUCGAAACUGACCCUGACACUAAUGAGGGUAUUCUGAGUGUCAUCAAGGGGAAAGACUUUGAGAAAUCAGCUCUAACAAACCUGCUAAUUGGGGUAGAGAAUGAGGAGCCCCUAUUUGUGUGCAAAGAUGCAGCACCCUUGAACAAAGGCGCACCCCUAACCGAUUCAAUUAAUGUCACAAUGAAAGUGAUAGAUGUUAAUGACCCACCUCAGUUUGAGAAAGAUUCGGCUGACAUCUAUGAGAAGGAAGAGGACGAGCCAGGAAAGUUGCUAUACACUCCAAAGGUUCAUGAUGUUGAUUCGGACAGAUCCAAAAUUAGGUUUGUCUUGUUAGAUGAUCCCGCCGAUUGGGUGACCAUUGAUAAAAGAACAGGAGAAAUCAGAACCACUAAGAAGAUGGACAGAGAGUCACCCUUUGUUCAUGAUGAUGUUUACAAAAUACUGAUUGCUGCAAUAGAUGAUGGUGUGCCUCCAGCCACGAGCACAGGCAGCAUAUUGGUUCACCUUCUGGAUAUCAAUGACAACAAGCCAAAGCUGAGCAAUAAUAGUGUCACAAUGUGUGGAAACAAGGUCAUGCUUGCUGCAAAGGAUCUGGACUUGCAUCCUUACAGCGGGCCCUUCACCAUCACACUAAAGAGUGACGAUGCAACCCGAGUGCAGCGAUGGAAAUUGGACCCUACCACAGGUGAGGAAGUUGGGCUAAUUAGUCUGAAGACACUUGCUUACGGCAAUUACUCAGUGCCCCUCAUGAUUGAAGACCAACAGGGCAUAACUGGAGAGGAUAUUGUAGUUGUAACUGUGUGUGACUGUGAAGGAGGAGACGUGUGUCGCUAUAAACAACCGCUCUCAACAAGUCUGGGACCAGCUGCCAUUGGACUUAUCUUUGCAUCACUGCUCUUAUUUUUGUUAAUCUUAUUCAUCUUGAUAUGUGAGUGUGGAAAACAGUUUCAGCACUUGUCCGAGGUACAACAAGAUGAGGGUCACCAGACCUUAAUCAAGUACAACCAGGAAGGAGGUGGAGCCAAAUGCAAGACUGAGCCGAUGUUGCUGCUGACGUGUAAAAAGGAUUUAGCUAUGGCUGUGACAAACGGACGAAAGCAGGGAACUAUGCAGAUUAACUCUGACAUGACGUCAUUGGGCCAGCAAUAUCAUAGAGAGUCUUUUCGGGGCAACAAGUGGCACAAUGUACACUCUACAUUGUCUGCAAACAAAAACCUGCACCAGGGAGGCUCAUUGAAGUAUCAGCGGGCAAGCAGCUUGGUGUCCAACCACGACAUUUCAGAUCACCUCAACAGGAGACUCUACAUGAUUGACGGAAACCCUUUGGCUCACCCAGAAUACCAACCACAUGAGUACAUCUACGAGGGAGAGGAAAGCAGAUGUCAGUCAUUGGAUGAUCUGUCUUUCAGCAUCUGUGGAGAGGAUUUUCAGUUUUUGAAUGAUUUGGGACCAAAGUUUAAGCCCUUUGGGAUCAUCUGCAACCAGAUAAUGAAGGAAAAAGGCAUGCAAAUUUAAAAAGGACAACACUGGCAAUUACCGUCAACUUGGUCUAAUCUCAAAGCAUAUUUUGUAAUUUCUUUCAUAACAAGUAAUUUACAAAAAUGGUAAGUAAUUCUUUCAGUAAGUAUAGUAGCUAUAUUUUGCUAUGAAAACACUGCAUUUGCCGUAACUUCUCCAUAAAGUUAUUGGGUUUGUUUGUUAAGGUUAUUUGCUCACACUUUGCUUUGAGACAGAAAAAAAUAUUCAUUUAAAAAAAGUAUUUACAAAAUUGUAAAACUACUUACCAAAAAAAGUUUUUUUUUUUCCCAAUACCGAUGACACUUGUACUUUGUACAGAUUUAUAUUGGAUUCUCCUGAAAACAGGUUGAAUUGUUUGCCUUUUUAUUUUAAUCGGGGUACCUGUCACUUUGCAUUAUUUCUAGCUUGGGAGUUUGAUUUCUUAGGGCAGUAUUAUUUUAAAACGUGUAUUUUUUUAAAUAAAGGCCCAUUUUAUAAUUGUGGAAAGCACUUGCCACA